GACAACCGCCUUUUCUAACCAGGAUUCAAUGUCAAUGGUGAAAAUGAAUGUACUUCAUUGGCAUAUUGUGGACGAUCAAUCUUUUCCCUAUGUAUCUGAAACGUUUCCGAAACUUUCUUCAAAGGGAGCAUUUCACCCGUAUCUUUUAAUCUAUACACCGAACGAUGUGAAAUAUUUAUUAAAUUAUGCUCGUUUACGAGGAAUAAGAAUAAUGCCAGAAUUUGAUACACCAGGUCAUGCAAAUUCUUGGGGGAAAGGGUAUCCAGAGAUUUUAACCAAAUGUUACAUUAAGGGUGAACCGGAUGGUACUUUGGGUCCAAUCAAUCCAAUCAAUAAUAUCUCUUAUAACUUUGUGUCACAAUUAUACAAAGAAUUGUUUAGUGUAUUCCCUGAUAACUGGUUUCAUUUAGGUGGGGAUGAAGUUGAAUAUAAUUGCUGGCGUUCCAAUCCUUCAAUUAUUGAAUUUAUGAAAAAAAUGAAAUUUCAUGAUGAUUAUCACCGCCUGGAAGGAUACUACAUAAAUAAUUUAAUUCAAAUUAUCAAUGAUGUCAAACCACCUGAACGAAAUAUUACUCCAAUUGUGUGGCAAGAAAUAUUUGAAAAUGGAUUUAGAGUAGUAAGGAUGAUGCGAAAUUGGUUAUUGGAGGUGAAGCAGCUAUGUGGGGUGAAUAUGUGGAUGACACGAAUUUGUUUAGUCGAUCAUGUAAAUAAUACAACUUCUCGAAAUACUUCAGCUGAUCAAGGUUCCGAUAGUAGAACUAUUAAAUCAGCAACAAAAUCAACUGGAAACAAAACAAUUGGUAUCACUGGUCAAAAAUCUGGUUCUACACGUGGUACUUCAGCAAAAAUUGAUUUUAAUCAAGCACAUUGGAAAAUGAGAAUUAUAUGUAAAAAAAUAUUCAGUAUGAUUUACUCUUAGAAAUUGUAUAUUACUUAAGUGGAACUAUUUCGAUGUUUAUCUGUUGUUUAUUUAUAACAAUUUUUCUAAAGGUAGUCAAUUUUAUUUCAUGUUAAUAAAUGUGUAGCGUGGUGUCGAGUCCCAAUUGACUAUGAACACCACUACAAAGAAACACGCGCCAAAUAAAUCAGAAGGCGUAGGUUGAACGUAACCAAAUUUAUUCGUUGGUGAUCUCGUGGUAUCGAAUGAAUUCUGAGAUCGUGCUAAGAAAAGGUACAAGCGGAAUCGGCAGAAGAAAGUACGUGCGAACGGAGUCACAAACCGCGAAACAAUAAUGUAGAACAAUGGAAGAGCGAUAUGGCGAAACAGCCAUCCAGUAAUUCCAUAUUUUCCAUGGUAGUCUAGAAAUAAUUGACUAAUGAAUUCAAGUAUACAUUUAUAAAUGUUAAUCAAAGCAUAGCAUAAGACUCUUCAACAGUGGACAUCCACGAUCCUGCCUCGCGAGAUUCGAACUCAGGACACAUCAGUUUCGCGCGCGAGCAUCCAACAGUCUUAACGUCUAACUUCAACUAAUCCAAGAAAUUCAGCGACAUAUUCACCAUUGUUUUCACUGAAUUACUAUCACAAAACAGACCCGGUUGAACUUCACUUUUCAUUGCUUCUCACUAGAACUCCAUGAAAUAUCUCUUGAAACCAGUCACUAGUGAGCGUAUGUUGAUUAUUAUCAGAAGGGGUUUUUAUAGAUAUUAUAGUAAUCUUAAUAUUUGAGACCAUGAAUUCUCGUUUUAUUGUUUGGUAUAAUAGUCAUAUUGAACUGGGCUGUUUCUUUCUUUUGUUAUUUGUACCUAACGUUGAUUGUUCAUUGUUGCUUUCAAAAUAGCAAUUGAAACGUUUUCAGAUUGUCUACAAGGAUCAUGCAAUAGAUUUUUCAUUCAGAGUAAUGCUGCAGUUGAUGGUGAGACUCUGAGAGAUGUGGAAUCCUUCAUAUAUCUGGGAAGCAUCAUCGAUGAAUAAACAGGAUUCGAUGUAGACGUAAAUAUGAGGAUCGGCAAAGCAAGGUCCGCAUUCCUGCUGUUGAAAAACAUAUAGAACUCAAAAUAUUAUUAUCCUUUUCACUUAAUUGUGACUUUUAUAGCAUCAAUCUAAACAAUAACUGCACAAAAAUUCAUUCUAUCGUCAUAUCUUACUACAAUGAUAAAUUAUUUUUUGUUACUAAUUAGACGAUACACACAUAGUGGUUUAUUCAUGUUCUGUGUUUAUAAACACGCCUAUUACACUGUUUGCGUAUUUCACGUCUCCUUUAUUUCUAUUCCCUUAUUUUCUCCAUUUCCUUCUUCAAAACUCAAUUCAAUAUUCAUCUCAAUCACACAGGCCCGAUUUAUUAUUAUUAAUAUUCUACUAUUAUUAUUCUAAAUUUUUUUUUUAAAUAUGCCAAGUACAACGCUGACAUUAUUGAAAAUUGUGUAUUAUUGCAUCAUCUGAAGAAACCCGAAAUGGUUUCUUCACAACACUUAUGUACCUAUAAAAUGUUUGUGAAUAAUAAUAAUAAUAAUAAUAAUAAUAAUAACUGUCUGUAAGCCAAUAUAAAAGUCACAAUCUUCAAUACGAACGUCAACAUAGUUCUACCAUACGGAGCUCAAACUUCGAGAACUACUACAACCAUCAACAAAAACAUACAAGUAUUUCUAAAUAGUUGUCUAUGCAAGAUUCUCAACAUCCAUUGACCGGAUGCCAUCAGCAACAGUCUAUUGUGUGAGAGAACAAACCAGCUUGCAGAUGAAGAAGAAAUUAUGGAAAUACAUUGGAUGUGGAUAGGACAUACAUUGAGGAAAUCACCAAACUGCAUCACGAGGCAAGCGCUACCUUGGAAUUCUAAAGGGAAGCGGAAAAGAGGAAGGUCAAAGAACGCAUUAUGUCGGGAAAUAGAAGCAGAUAUGAAUAAUAACUGGAAAGAACUGGGAAGGAUUGUCCAAGACAGGUUUAGAUGGAGAGUGCUUGUGGGUGGCCUAUGCUCCUCCACGAGGAGUAACAGGCGUAAGUAAGUAAGUAAUUAACCAAUACUAUUUAUAAUUAAUUCUAAAGAAUAGAAAUUGAGUGAAAGGAUAGAAUGUUACUGAUUUGCCUGCUUUUAUGUUUAUCGAAUGUUUCUACUUUCUUAUUAUUUUAUUAGAAUGACAUUAAAUUCAUUAAUAUGGAUAAUAAAAUAUUAGAAGUUAAAGCUUUAAAAAGAGCUUGUGAAGAAAUGGAACCUGGUAGAGCGAUGAGAGCUGAAAUAUCAAGAGCACGUUAUCUUGAAGAAUAUGGUCUAAUGAAUAAAUUGGAUAACAAGACUAAUGUAGAUGAUUCAGGAUCAAUGAUUACCAUUACAUCUGAUGUUCGCAACUGACGAAGUACACUAUAAAUAUUACGAAGUGUGUAUGAAUGAUAGAAAUAAUAUAAUAAAACAAUAUAAAAAUAAUAAAGAAACAUCAUGUAAUCAAACAAUGAUUGAACAUAGUGAUAAUACAGAACCAAUUCUAAAUCAAAAUGAAAAUGUAAAAAAAUAACAAAAGAAUUAAAACAUCCAGAAGUUCAAAAAGUCGAUCGAAUUCAAAUCAACGAAAAAAUUGAG